UGCGAGGAGUCCCGAGGGGGCGGCCAUGGGGCUGCUGCUGCUGCUGCUCCUCGGCCCCCUCUUGCUCUUCGGCACCCUCCUGCUGCUGGUCGGAACCCGACGCCACACUGGGGGCAAGUUGGGAGGUUCAGGAAAGCGGCGCCCCCCGGGCCCCUUUGCGUGGCCGUUGGUGGGCAACGCGCUGGCGCUGGGCCGCCUGCCCCACGUGGCGCUGGGGCGCCUGGCACAGCGCUACGGCCCCGUGUUCCAGCUGCGCCUGGGGCAGCGCCCGGUGCUGGUGCUCAGCGGCGAGCCCGCCAUCCGCCGGGCCCUGGUGGGCUUGGGCAGCCGUUUCGCCGGCCGCCCCGACUUCCCCUCCUUCCAGCUGGUGUCCGGAGGUCGCAGCGUGGCCUUCGGGUCCUGCUCGCCCCGGUGGAGGGCGCGGCGGCGGCUGGCCCACGCUGCCCUGCGCGCCCACUCCACGGGCAGCGAGGUGGAGCGGCAUGUGGUGGCCGAAGCCCAGGAGCUCGUCCGGCUCUUCCUGCAGCGCAGCCAGGGGGGUGCCUACUUUGAGCCCUCCCCGCUCUUGGUGGUGGCCAACGCCAACGUCCUCUGCGCCCUCUGCUUCGGCCGCCGCUACGGCCACGCCGACGGCGAGUUCACGGCGCUGCUGGGCCGCAACGACCGCUUCGGGCAGACGGUGGGGGCGGGCAGCAUGGUGGACGUCCUGCCCUGGCUCCUGCUCUUCCCCAAUCCCGUGCGCCGCAUCUUCCACGACUUCCAGGCGCUCACCAGGGAGCUGCACAGCUUCGUGCGUGCCAAGGUGGCGCAGCACCGCCAGACCUUUGACCCACGCGUGCGCCGGGACAUCAGCGACGUGCUGCUUGCUGCCGUGGAGCACAGCGACAGCCCCCCCGAGGGCCUGGCACCCGAGGAUGUCGAUGGCGCUAUGACUGACAUCUUCGGCGCAGGGCAGGACACCACGUCCACGGCACUCUCCUGGGUCCUCCUGCUUUUGCUGAAGCACCCAGGGCUCCAGCAGGACCUCCAGGCCGAGCUGGACCGUGUGGUGGGGCGCUCCCGGAUGCCCACGGCUGAGGACCGGCCCCACCUGCCCCUCCUGGAAGCCUUCAUCUACGAGACUCUGCGCUACAGCAGCUUCGUGCCCAUCACCAUCCCGCACGCUACCACGCAGGACGUGGAGCUGGAGGGCUUCCACAUCCCCAGGGGCACCGUGGUCUUCAUCAACCAGUGGUCAGUCAACCACGACAGCAGCAAGUGGCCUGACCCACAGCGCUUCGACCCCAGGCGCUUCUUGGACUCACAGCAGCGCCUGGACCGCGACCAGGCCAGCAGCGUCAUGAUCUUCUCCGCCGGCCAGCGGCGCUGCAUCGGCGAUCAGCUCUCCAAGCUCCAGAUCUUCCUCUUCACCGCCAUCCUCCUCCACCAGUGCUCCUUCCACGCUAACCCGGCAGAGCAGCUCACCAUGGACUGCAUCUAUGGGCUUGCGCUGAAGCCGCAGCCCUUCACCGUCACCGUGCGGCAGAGACACGCCGCGGGCGGCCAGCCCUGAGCAUCUGCCAGGGAGGGUGGGGGCACCCAUCCCUGCUGCACCCCCUUGGUUUGGAGCUGGCAGAGCUGCGGGGUGGGGGACAGACCCUGCUUUGUCCACAGGGUUCUUGCUGUGGCACAACCCUGUCCCCGUUUGUAGGGUGAAGAGCAGCAAGUCCCCACAGCAAUAAACACCUUAAACAUGG